AUGUCUCCUCAGGACUCAUCCCUCACUAAGCAACAACGGAUUCAAGUAUGGCGCGAGGAGGUUGCGGCAUCGGCAUCUCUAUGCACAUGCCCCCCGUCCUCGCCGGCCGCAUCCGCCUCGUCGACAAAUAUUUCCCUCUCCGCAACUUCUUCAUCAGCCUCCUCGUCGGCAUCGUCACCAGGGGCGCGUGACCCCUUUACUUUUUUCCGGCUCCCUUCGCAACCGACAUACUGCCCGACAUGCUCCCGCCUCGGAGCCCCGUCGGCAAUGGGCCUGGAGCCGUCGGCGGCUUACCUCGAACAGACGGAGACGCUCCCCGGCGGACACGUGCCGGCGGGCAUCUUCCGCGCGAAGCACGGCAAUCACCCAAUCUUCCGCGGCAUGCGCAACCUCGUCCGCAAACUUAGCGGCAGCAGGACUGGCGGGCCCAUGCCACCUCGAGGCGCCGAGGAAGCCACCAGGAUGUACCGACGCGCGACCCUCGCUGCCACUCCUCAUGCCACAAACAACGCUGCCGCCGACACGGAACUGGACGCGGACGGAGACUGCGUCGCUGACGGUGCGGACUCGGAGGGCCGUGGCCACGUGCCAAAGCUGAUUGCCGAGAAACAGGCGCGGCUUAGGAGGGCCUCGAGGUUGCUCUCGAGGACUCACGGGAAUUCUUAG